UUUAAAGUGCGCCAAUUUACUCUGCGUAAUCGUAUUGUGAGUUUUGAAGAAGGUUAUAUGGAACCUGUAAAUGAUGGCCCUCCUGUGUUCUUUAAUAACGUCUAACCACGUUUAUUAUCUCGGAAAUGAAAGCGCAAGAUGAGAGGAAAUCCACACAAUAUAACCAAAAGCGACAUUCGCGCGCACAUAUGUGCCAGAGAGGCCGGCUGAGGACCUAAUUUGGAUACUAAUUGGAUUAAUAAAUAUCGAAUUGUCGGGAUGUCGAAAAGCAAGUUAAAGAAAUCCUCGAUGCCAGGCGGUGUCACUAAAGGUUCAAUGAGCAUUGAAAGAUUCUUCGAGAGCACAAAGAAACAUUUGGUCAUCCAGAAGGAGGUACCAGUGGGAAACAAAACUAUAGCUAGCAGUAAAAAUAUGGUCAGUGUCAAAAGCAUGGUCUUUAACCUUUUAGGGAGCAGUGAUGAGGAGGACUUUGAAGAGAAUCUUCUCCAGUCACCGAUUGUAAGUGGAAGCAACUUCUCAAUCCCAGAAACUCCUGAGAGUCAAAUAGAAUCACUAGGGGGGAAGAAACUAGGCAGAACUUUGCCCUUGUCACCCUUGCCACAAAACCAAGAUUUGAGAGGCUUGCCUUCCUCUGAGAGUACCUCACAUACCCCUCAAAGGCUUGAUGUGUCAAAGCAGAAAGGCCGGAACCUCAGGCUGGGCCCAUUAAAAAGGUCGGUGCAAAGCCCAGAAUCGGUACAGGAUGCCAAACGAGUAAAGAAACUCGCCCCGGCUCUAAAGGAGGCUGUGAAGGGCAAUGGCAGCUUUUUUAGAGAGAGUUUGAAGAUUAUAUCUGACUUGUCAAGAGAAGUCAAACAACUUGACUCUCCAAAAAAAAAUUUGAACUGUAACCCACAUAUGUCUAAUUGUAGUGCCAUCCCAAAGCCACCAAAUCUUGCUGGUUCUCCUAAGAAAGCACACACUGGCAAAGAAAAUGUACCAAUCAAUGAAAUACCCCAAAUGCCUAAAUCCUCCCUUAAGAAGCGGGGCGUUUUACAAACCAAAAUCUUGCAAGAUCCCUGCGGUCAGAAAGAGGCAGAAGGAGAUUUGAGUGUUAAAUCAAAUGCCCAGGAGAACAAGGAUGAGAUAGCUGGUGGUGGUGCUAGUUACCUCCACAAAAAUGAAACCUUAAGCUCUGGUCUGGAUGAGGGGAGUCUCAUUUCUGUGCCCUUGCCCGACCCUAAUGUUGAAACUGUGAAGGACAUGGACCACGUGAAUAAGCAGCAUUGCACCAUCUCUUUAUCCCCUGACAUGGAGAGUGAUGAUCUGGAUGCUUUAGAUGAUAGCUGGUUUGAUGAAGCUAUGGAACACAACUUUACAGAGAAGGCCACGCCUAAGGCAAAGAAACAAAAACCAAUAAUCCCAGAGAAUGCCAUACUUAGCAGAGGACUACACAACCGGUACUGUGUUCUGGAUGUCAAGGAACUGCAGGAUUCAAGGGGACAUCUGGAAAAACAUCUCAUCAUAGCAGCUUCUCGGACAGCAGAGUUCAAGGAGCUGUGCGUUCUAAAAGAUGACUGGGAGUCUACACCUGUAAAGGUUGGUGAUCUCAUCCACCUGGAGGGCAAGUGCAACUCUGAUUCAUGGACCAUCCAAAGAGAUUCUGGGUACUUGAUUCUAACCCCUGAUCUUCUUCUUUCUGGCACAAGUGUUGCAAACAGCAUCCGAUGCAUGAGGCGUGCUGUGCUGAGUGACCGGUUUAAGGCUUCUGAUGGCAGCUCCAAACAGAUGCUAGUAGGUACAAUGCUUCACGACAUUUUCCAGAAGGCUGCUAUUUUCAGUGACUUUUCAGAGGACAUGUUACAUGAAUUAGCUCGUAAAACAUUAUUGGCACCAAGAUACCUCGGAGACAUGUACAGCAUGAAGCUGAAUCAAACCGAGCUGAAGCAGGAAGUAGAUGAGUACCUGCCCUCUCUAGCAAGCUGGGCCCGAGACUUCCUUGAACCAUCACCCCAGGCUGGCCAGAAGCCACUGCAGUUGAAACUCCAGAGUGAUGGGAACAUAAGCAAGCAGGAAUCUACCUGCAAUGUUACCAUAACAGAAUUCCUGGACAUUGAAGAGAAUAUUUGGUCGCCUCGAUUUGGUCUAAAGGGCAAGAUUGACAUCACUGCAACCGUAAAAAUCCACAGGAGAUCCAAAACACAGCAGCGAGUUAUGCCUCUGGAACUAAAAACUGGCAAGGAAUCAAACUCUAUUGAACACCGAAGCCAGGUUACUUUGUAUACCCUAAUGAACCAAGAAAAAAGGAAAGAUCCAGAAGCUGGAUUUCUCAUCUACCUCAAGUCUGGCAACAUGCACCCAGUUCCUGGGGACCACAUGGAUAGGAGAGAGUUGCUUAAACUGAGGAAUACUUUGGCUUUCCACCUUGACAAUGCUAUUCAGCAAACAGCAGAAGGUCAACCAAAAGCUGCCCCUCUACCACCAGUGAUCAACAAUACGCAGAUAUGCAAGUUUUGUCCUCAAAGGAGAAACUGUGCAAUAUUUAGCAGGGUUGAAGAGUAUCCAGUUGCCAUGGAAGAGAUGACCGUCGAAAUCCCUCAUUCUUUUUUCACCCAGGAAUGCUCCCAUUUGAGAGAGGAGCACUUGCAAUACUUCAGCAAGUGGUAUCUGCUUUGUGCCUUGGAGAGCCAAAGUACUGAGCGCCGUGGGGGGCGUAAAAAUAUAUGGCUGCUUUCACCUGAAGAAAGGCAAAAAUCUGGCGGGUGUCUUGGAAACCUUAUGAGGACUGGACUUGUGCAGACUCUUUCUGAUAAUCGAUACCUGACUCGGUUUCAGCUCCGCAGAGGAGGAACCUUUGCAGUGACAUUCAUGGUAGGAGACAGAGUUGUUGUGAGUGACCAGCAGGAAAAACUCUUUGCUUUAUCAUCGGGAUACAUUACUGAUGUGAGCAGCACCCAGGUAUCCUGCAUGCUAGACAGAAACCUUUCAAAGUAUCCCUCGGAGGCCGUGUUCAGACUGGACCAAGAUGAAGGGGUUGGUGGCAUGGAUACACACUUGGGAAACAUUUCCAAGCUCAUGGAAAAUUCUCCUAUUAGUGACAGGCUCAGAGAGCUGGUAGUGGAUCUUCGUCCACCAGAAUUCAUUCAGCAUUUGAGCUCGGUUUUGCCUCGAGGAGCAAAGGACACAGUAGCCAGCAUCUUAAAAGGAUUAAACAAACCCCAGAAGCAGGCCAUGAAGCGGGUACUUCUUUCCAAAGAUUAUACUCUUAUUGUUGGCAUGCCUGGCACAGGCAAGACCACCACAAUAUGCAAUCUGGUGCGGAUUCUUCAUGUGUGUGGCUUUAGUGUCCUAGUAACUAGCUACACUCAUUCAGCAGUGGACAAUAUCUUAUUGAAACUAAAGAAGUUUAAAGUUGGGUUUUUACGGCUGGGGCAGCUUCACAAGGUACACACAGACAUCCGUCCCCAUACUGAUGAGGAGAUUUGCAAAAGCAGAUGUGUGCAGGCACUGGAGGAGCUGGAGCAGCUUUACAACAGUGAGCUGGUUGUGGCAAGUACCUGCAUGGGAGUGAAGCACCCCAUCUUUAGCAGGAGACGUUUUGACUUCUGCAUUGUCGACGAAGCCUCUCAGAUCAGCCAGCUUAUCUGCCUGGGGCCCCUGUUCUAUGCUAAACGCUUCGUGCUGGUUGGGGACCAUCAACAGCUACCUCCCAUAGUGCGGAACGUAGAAGCCAGAGCUCUAGGCAUGGAUGAAAGCUUAUUUAAACGUCUUGAGAGGCACAGUGAAGCUGUUGUCCAGCUGAACGUACAGUACAGAAUGAACAGCAAAAUUAUGUCUCUCAGUAACACUUUGGUGUAUGAAGGCAAGUUGGAAUGUGGAUCUGAGAAAACUGCCAGCGGCGUGGUCCAGCUUCCUGCAAAAGACAUUGUUCACCUCGAGUUGGAAUUUUCAGCAGGCCCUGAAAACUGCCAUUGGAUAAAGAAGGCUUUAGAACCAGAACACCCAGUUUGCUUCCUGGACACCGCUGAGGUUCCAGCCCUUGAGACUAUCGAGCAGGGAGGUAUUAGCAAUGCUACGGAGGCUGCUUUGGUCUUCUGUCUUGUGCAAGCAUUUAUCAAGGCUGGCUGCAAAGGAUCAAAUAUUGGAGUGAUUGCCCCAUAUCGACAGCAGCUGCAAGCAAUCUCUGCUCUGUUGGCACGUCCAGAGUUCAAAGUGGUGGAGGUGAACACUGUUGACAAGUACCAGGGCCGCGAUAAAAGUGUCAUUAUUGUGUCAUUUGUUAGGAGCAACAGUGAUGGACAUCUUGGUGAGCUCCUACAGGACUGGAGACGCCUUAAUGUUGCGAUCACCAGAGCAAAGCACAAGCUCAUCAUGCUUGGUUGUGUACCCACACUGCGCCGCUACAUACCAUUGGAGAAGCUACUGAAGCAUCUAGAAGCAGAAGAUAUGAUUUUUCAGCUUCCUCGCGGAGCCCAUGAAGCAGCCUACAACCUGUUCAGAUGAAUGUGAAGUUCUCCUGAGGUUUGAUGCAGUUGUCUGCCUUUCUUGAGUCUCCCUCUAAAGUAUUGUUAAAUUUUUAGCUUCAUGAAAUGUUGCACAGACAUUUUAAUCCCAAAACACAAAAGUGCUUGCUUGGCACGCCCAGGCACCAUGAACUUGCCGUUUUUCUUCUGGUACGUUUGACUUUUUAUUGAGAGUAAUGACUGGCAUAAGGGCUUUGGUAUUUCUGUGAGAAGCUCCUUAUCGCCAUAAGCUGCUACCCAUCUAAUUUAUUCACGUUAAUUUUUUCCCCCAAAAGUUAAAUGCAAGUGUUAAACGGAUGUUGCUACAACAACAGUAAAAAACAUUUUUUUAAUUGUAGGAAUACAUAAAUGUUUGCUUAAGACUGUCUGCUUCAGAAGAUUCUCCAGGUUUUCUGUUUUAGAGGCAGACUAAUUUGUUUCAUGAGCCACAAGCCAGGAAUCCACUGAUACUCGUAUGUUGGUGCUUUAUUGUGUAAAAGUUCUGCCACAAAAUCCCUUUACAUGUGAAAGGAAAAAUUUGUUGUUCUCUCCGUAUAUCGAUGAGAAAUUAAACCGAACUGUCUGGUAUAAAAUCAUAAAGAGUAAAACUGAAUCCUUAGACACAGCACAAGAAGCAGGCAGAAGAAUUAUCUGAUCUUUAAAUCAUUCAACUGUAGUGAGGUGGAGCUCAUGAAAUCUUCACAAGGCUAUCGUCCAUACGGAGAUAAUAAAACCGGGUUUCGCUUAGUACACUUGUCUGAAGUAGGCACGGAUUUAUGGGCAGAUGACUGGGAUUUUAAUGACCAUGUUGUUGUUUUUUCUCCUUUUUGUCAGUGAUUGUUUAAAAGUGUAAAUUAAGUUGAUUUCUUUUCUUAUGAUGUUGCUGCUGCUCCUCACGUCUUGAUGAGAAAUAUGGAUAUUCAUGUUAAAGACACAUUCUCUGCUGCUUUGCUGAGUUCAGCCUUCAUUUUGAAGCUGCUACUGGUGGUACAAGUUGAACGGUUCGCCACAUUGGAUUUUGGAGUCUGCCUUUAAGUUAACAUCAAACAGCAGGACGUCACUCUGCUGCUGCUUUCUCAUUUGCUGCUCCGUCCAUGCAGCGUUCACAAAGGCAGCCUUAAAAACUGACAGGCUUCCUCCAUUUUUCAAAUUGAACAAAAUGUAUUGUUAACUUUAGACAAAUAUUUGAAUGUUCUUAUUGUAUUUAUUUAUUGUUUUUUUUUUUAAUGAUUUGUGGCAGCUUUGUGUGUUUUAUACUGUGAUACUAAUCUGGGAGAUCAUAAUUAAUAUGUUUAAAAUAUGCACUGUUUAAAAUAAAAGUAUUAUUAAAAGGAA